GUCCGAGUGGUUUAAAACUGAUGUCUGGACUGAAGCAUCCCAAGCCGCUGCACUUCAGUGGCGGCUCUGAGGCAGCUUCGGUGACUCAGAGUUCAGGUGGAGCGCGGAAGCAGUUGCCCAGAUGCAGGCCCCGCACCCCUUCCCUCCUCCCUGCGGGGCGUCACAUAACAAAGGCCUUUGGCUCGGGCUGCAGAGCUUUGGCCCGUGCACAGCUGGAACGAGCUUUCCUUGGCAGCUGGAGGCGCAUUAUUGCGCCUGCCGUUCUUGCUCCCUGCUCUAACGGGGCUGCCGGUGAGGAGGUGGGAUCAGAGGCCGUGGCCCGUGCGUCUCGCCGCGCGGUGCUCAGGCGGGGCAGGACGUGUCUGGUGCCCCUUGCCCGUGGUCUGUGCUCUGCACGGCUUCUGGGAAACCUGGGCUCUGGUCCCUGUGUCAAAGUGCUCCGGCAUCCCUGUGCAGAUUCAUGUUUUAUUUGAAUACUGUUUUCAAAAAAAUACCCGAGGAAGGUAAAAAGUAAGUGCCACUGACUGGAGAUGCAGUUGCGCAGCGUUUCGGCUAAUUCGUUUCCUGUCGGGAAGACGCAUGAAGACUGGCCGCUGUCGGAGCUCUCGGCAGCACCCCACGGUGGGAAUCCGUCUUGGUGCGGGGGAGCGCCGAAAGGCUGCUGGCCAGAUCUCCCUUCACAGGAUGAGGCUGAGAGUGUUGAACCUCAGAGCACAGCACCGUGAAAUAAUGAGAGAGUGAUUUCUUCCCAUGGGUGUAGUGACUAACGGUCACAAGCAGCAGAUUCCAGUCCUUUGCAGUCAACCCUGAAGAAGGGAAAGGAAGAAAGCAGCAGCAGGAAGAGUGGCUCUGCGAUGAGCAGGGACUAGAAGACACGUUUUCUCCUUCCCUGUUGCAGAGGCCAUAUGACAACGCAGAAGUGACAUGGGGCCUAUUCAUAACAUUAGUCUAGCCUGAUUUUUAUCCGAUUUGUGUAGCCUUUAGUUCAGUAAAUGCAAGAAUGCUGUAUGGGCUUAUCUGGGUACAGAGGCAAGUUUUUAUGCAAUAGGAACUUGAUCAAAGUAUGGUAAUGAGGAUGUGAAGCAAAAAGCAGAACAGAACUACUGCGUUGCCUCAGAAGGGAGAAUGGACCAGUACGACGUAAGUCCCAGCUCUGAAGCUAUUUCUUUGCCUGACAUGGGGGUCUGUGCUUGUGGAAAUGGUGAGAAGCAGCAGCCAGCUGGAGUGGAAGGGUUCAGCCUUCUCAAAACCCACCCUCCGCGACUAAGUCACAUCCUUUGCCUGCUCUCUUCAUCCGAACACGGCUCUGUCAGUGCCAGACAGCAACAAGAUUAACCAGUUUCUCAUUUGCAGGAUUCUAGCAUCGUGUCUCACCAAUUUCAGGCCCCGGCAAAUUAGUGAUCAGCACUUUUUAUCCUCACAUUGGCACAGUUGCUCAGCCCCAGGCUGUCCGAGAGGUCCAGGACCAUUCUCCUAGCAGACGCAGGGAGCACCCUCGCCCACAGUGAUGUCAGGUGCUCUCCUCACGCCGAGCAGUGUAACGUGACCAGGAGGCUGCUCUUGGAGGGGAAAUUGCUCUUCAGGAGGCUUGGGCAGGAUGGCUGUGCCACGUGCAGCGGGCAGGCGUGGGGCAGCAGCGGUGCUCCCCGAGCCAGCCCGAGCCGCAGCAGCAAGGCCGCGUUGGAAGGGCUGCUCUGGGAACCCAGACGGGGGUGUCCUGGCCUGGGGUCCCGCUGCACGUCUGUGCCGGCUCUGCCCGAGCCCAGGGACACGGAGCUCCCGCCGUGGGACGUCCCCGGGCACGCUCCUUCCACCCAGCUUUCUGAGGUUCAUGUGUCUCUCCUGUGGCUUCUGACCGUGUGAAGUUUUGGAGCAUAUGGCUUACAUGGUCAGGACAGCCGUCCACCGCAGCACUAGUGAGUCCUUAACUAGGAGGUGCUCUCUGUGACACCCAAACUUGGAUGAAGAUGGAAUCUCCUCUGGAUCCAGAAGAUGAAGGGGUGGAACACGGAGAGCGUCUGCCUCCCUGCACACGGCAGGUCGCGCCUGAGCUCAGAACAACUCGGGAUCCCAAUACCAGCCUUGCUACAGCUUGCAGAACGACUAGUUGGCUCAGGUCUGCGGGUCUUGUUCACUUCUUGGUUUGUGGGUUUGUUUGGUGUUUAUUUCUUUCCAUGUGUAUGAGUUUAUAUGUCCCCUCUGCUCACUGUAUGAAAAAGUCAUUGGGAAAACAAAACAACUAGGUCUGUUUUGCUCUUAAGCAGUUUUUGCUGUGCCUUCUUCAUGCGGUUUGAUUCUCAUCUCCCUCCUCCUCUGUUAUAAAACACAGCUGAGUGCCAAUGUUGUUUUGCAAAUCGGAACAAGAAAUACAACUUAGAGCCCAAAGUGUAAUAUGCACAAUACUGCCAAGGGAUAAGGUUUUGAAUGUACUGAAGUGAUCGCUGUCAUGUGCUAUAAACUGAAACACACGUCGUGUUUUAAGGCGAGAACAGAUCACUCUGAAGUCUCCAGCGAACGUGCCCGGGCUCUGGCGGCUGGGGGACGCAGUCUCGCGUGGUGCGGCAGCGUGUUCAGCGCGCAGGAGACGGAGCUCAGCGGCUCCUCCGGCGUUCCUGAGGAGAGGCGCGGCAGCUCCUCCGUUGUGCAGCUCUCGCGGUGCCGCGGGCUGCUGGGGCGGCGGCGGCGGAAGAGGGAAGUGCCUGACACAGGAAUCCCGGUGAAGGAAUGGACGGUUGCUGCUCCUGCUGCAGCUGCCAGCGUGUGACAGCAGAUACGCGAGUGUUUCCUGGCCCCCAGUAUCUGCUCAAGGUGCCGGAGAUCCCAGUAACGCUGUUUUCCUCUGUUCUUGCAAUGGAAAUAAGAGAUAUCUUCUGCUUUUUAGAGCUGAAGUACGUGCUGCCCAGGCCCAGUCAAGACCAGGAGCUCGAGGCCUCCAGUGGAGUCUCUGUGGGGAAGAUGUCAUCUUUGACAAUGAAAGACCAUGGUCUGGACAAAAGAGGAAGUUUCUUUAAGCUCAUUGACACAAUUGCCUCAGAGAUCGGAGAGCUGAAGCAGGAGAUGGUGCAGACAGAUCUCACGGCGGAGGAUGGAUCUGCCGAUUUGCGCAGACCAGUGAAGGACAUGGAUAAUGUCUCUCCUGAGAAGAACGAUGUAAAGAGCUGCCCCCGGGACUCUGGAUACGACAGCCUGUCCAACAAGCUAAGCAUAUUGGACAAACUCCUCCAUACUCACCCUGUGUGGCUGCAGCUUGGUCUGAGUGAUGCUGAAGCCAUGGAAAUUCUGCGGGCCCAGCCUCCCGGGAUAUUUCUGGUUAGGAAAUCUGCGAGACUGCAGAAGAAAGUCAUCUCUCUGCGUCUGCCCAGUGACUGUGGGUCCUGCCUAAAAGAGUUUGCAAUAAAAGAAAGCACAUACACAUUUUCCUUGGAGGGGUCUGGAAUAAGCUUUGCUGAUUUGUUCAGGCUCAUUGCUUUCUACUGCAUCAGCAGGGACGUCCUUCCAUUCACUCUGAAGUUGCCUCAUGCUAUUGCUGCAGCAAGGACAGAAGCUGAACUUGAAGAGAUUGCUCAGCUUGGACUAAACUUUUGGAGCUCUUCGGCUAACAGCAGCCCCCCAGAUCCCUCAGCUCCCCGCAGGCCUGCGCCUCUGGACGGUGCCUGUAAAGACUCGCGCCAGCUCUGCCUUAUAAAUGGAGUGCAUUCUAUACGAACCAGAACGCCUUCGGAGCUGGAGUGCAGCCAGACCAACGGAGCGCUGUGUUUCAUUAAUCCCCUCUUCUUAAAAGUGCACAGCCAGGACGUCAGUGGAAGUCUGAAAAGGCAGAGCCCCAGAGCUCCAGACGCGAAUGGCACCGCGAGGCCUCGCUCCCCCCCGCCCCGGCCGCCACCUCCUUCUAUUAAUAGCAUCUUCACGAGUCCACAGCUUUCCAGGACUAUAAAGCAGGCGAGCAUGCCAGAAACAGUCAGCCAUAAGAAAGACAGAGGCUUGGAUUCGCUGCAGCAUAAACCAGCCCCUAUUCCGCCUCCUCGGCUGAAGAAGCAGGCUGCUUGCUCGGAGGUGGAGGGCAGCGCCAGGGCCGCGGCGGCUUGGCCUGGCGGCAGCGCAGGGCGCGUCCCCGAGGCCGCCGGCAUCCCAGGUGAGCCCCUGCCCGAGCCGGCUCCGGCAGCCGCCAGGAGCACGGGAGCUCCCAGCUCUGAGUCACAGCCGCCCUGGCAUGGAGGCCGGCAGAGGCUGAGCGACAUGAGCAUUUCCACCUCCUCGUCCGACUCGCUGGACUUCGACCGGAGCAUGCCGCUGUUCGGCUACGAGGGGGACACCACCAGCAGCCUGGAGGACUUCGAGGGGGAGAGCGACCAGGAGAGCAUGGCACCCCCUCUGAAGCCCAAGAAGAAAAGAAACAGUUCUUUUGUUCUCCCCAAGAUUGUGAAAUCUCAGCUACGGAAAGUCAGUGGAGUUUUCAGUUCCUUCAUGACCCCCGAGAAGAGGAUGAUCAAGAAGAUUGCAGAGAUGUCCCAGGACAAACGCACUUAUUUUGGAUGCCUAGUGCAGGACUACGUCAGCUUUCUCCAGGAAAACAAGGAGUGCCAUGUUUCGAGCACCGAUAUGCUGCAAACGAUUCGGCAGUUCAUGACCCAGGUCAAGAACUACUUGUCCCAAAGCUCCGAACUCGAUCCCCCGAUCGAAUCGCUGAUUCCCGAGGACCAAAUAGAUGUUGUCCUGGAGAAGGCCAUGCAUAAGUGCAUCCUGAAGCCGCUGAAGGGCCACAUUGAAGCGAUGCUGAAAGAGUUUCAUACCGCCGAUGGCUCUUGGAAACAGCUGAAGGAAAACCUGCAGCUGGUGCGGCAGAGGAACCCUCAGGAACUGGGCGUCUUUGUUCCAACACCAGACUUUGUGGACGUUGAAAAGAUCAAAGUCAAGUUCAUGACCAUGCAGAAAAUGUAUUCACCUGAAAAGAAAGUUAUGCUGCUGCUGAGAGUUUGCAAGUUGAUUUACACUGUUAUGGAGAAUAACUCAGGGAGGCUGUAUGGAGCUGAUGACUUCUUGCCGGUGUUGACAUAUGUCAUAGCCCAGUGUGAUAUGCUGGAGCUGGAUACUGAAAUUGAGUACAUGAUGGAAUUGCUGGAUCCGUCUUUGCUGCAUGGAGAAGGAGGCUAUUACUUGACCAGUGCGUACGGCGCGCUCUCACUGAUCAAGAACUUCCAGGAAGAGCAAGCUGCCCGACUGCUGAGCUCGGAAGCCAGAGACACCCUCCGGCAGUGGCACAAGAGGAGGACAACUAACAGGAUGAUUCCUUCGGUUGAUGAUUUUCAGAACUACCUUCGUGUUGCAUUCCAGGAAGUCAACAGUGGAUGUACGGGAAAGACCUUACUAGUAAGACCAUAUAUCACUACCGAAGAUGUGUGUCAGCUCUGUGCUGAAAAGUUCAAAGUGGACAAUCCAGAGGAAUACAGCCUGUUCCUUUUCGUCGACGACACCUGGCAGCAGCUGACAGAGGACACCUACCCUCAGAAAAUCAAGGCGGAGCUGCACAGCCGUCCGCAGCCCCAGGUCUUCCACUUUGUCUACAAGCGCAUCAACAGCGAUCCAUACGGUGCCAUUUUUCAAAACAACAGUGACUCGGCUUCUUAAAACCAGCAACUCGUCAUUUCAUUUCUGUUCCUUUGUAACGGCUGGCUGCCUUCCUGAGGAGCUAAAGCAGGCCUUAAACCGUAAUGCCUAGAAAACACAUGUGGGCCCUUCCUUCGUUGCCUACAGAACCCCAUGUAAACCUUGCAUAGGGCCAGUCCUGUGGGGUAUCCCACCAGCGUCUUAAACAACCCGUGAGGCUCAGUUUCUUGUACCACGGACUCUGUUGCAACAUAUUGUACUACGGCCCUCUGCAGGUCUUUUGCUGCAAUGCGCAAAAAUCUGUUUUCUUACGCUCAUCCUUUAGCCAAAUGCCAUUUUGAUUUACAUGUAUGUACACCAGACAAAUAUUUCAGUAAACUGGCUGGUGUGAGUUCAGUUUCACCAGCACGAGUUGGACAGGACUGUCCGAUGCAGGGCAUCAAUUAACUCAUAAUUACCUGGAUGAUUGCAUCCUUUCCCAAUUUUUUUAAUUACACAAAAUCACCAUGUUUUUAUAUAUAUAUAUAUAUAUAUAUAUAUAUAAUAGGAAUUUUAUAGCAGUUGCAGGUAAACUGUCAGGGUUGGUUUUUGAAAUAUUUUUUUAACUAUAAAGUAUUCUAUAAUUAUGCAUGUGAUUUUAACAUUUAAUAUACAAGAAUAAAUCUCUUGCUGGUUUUAGAGUAUUGCAUUAAAGGUCUCUGUGGUUUCUCUUUUUCCUGUUACAGGAGAGGUCUUAUGAAACUUCUGUUAUCUGUAAGAAGAUUGUAACAUUUGCACUGGUGGUUUCAGUGCCUUCGUCUGAACUUGAUGUACUCUUAUCUCCAUUAUUUUUAUAUGCAUUGUUUUAGACAGAACGAGGGGUUGGAAGAGGAAACUGAAAGAAGAGGAUGUAGAGAAGGGGCAGAGAAAGAAUGUCGAGAACCUAAUUUAGGCUUAAAAUGUGUUAGUCUGCUGGUUCAGGCUCCUUGCAGAACACAAGAGAAAGAGGUUGGUAAGGAACUUCUAUGUGAGCAGUGUUGUAGAGUCGCAGAGGGGUUUGUCAGGACCUAUCCAGACACUAUUUGUCUCAGCAGAGGGUUAAAUACAUCGGUAAGGUGAAAGAGAACACUACUUUGUGCAGCGUGUCACCAGCGUCAAAACUGUCUCAAGCUGCGGAACGCGUUCUAGCAUUUCAUGGUUCCAAGUCGCUCGUGUAAAUGAGAUGUGGAAGUCAGCAAAGAUGAAGCGGCAUUGACCGUGUGUUUCCGGUGGGUCUGUCCAGGGCCGCCCGUGCCGUGGGAGCCGCCCGGGUCCCGGGCAGCGUACCGCGAGGCAGGCGGUCACGGGAGCGUCGCGUGCAGCACGUGUGCGUGCAGACAGCUGUAGCAUUUCUGCCGCUUUGAUGUGUAUCUGAACCCCCGGCACGUGUUUGUAUUUCAUUUUGUAAAUGGUGAGUUUUGCACAUAAUAAUACAUUGUAAUACUGAACUAUAAUUUUGGAUGUUGUGCACUGUGGUUUUUGGGCCGCUGGGGUGGGUUCUGUAAUUCAGAAACACAAGAGACCGGUGGAUGCAUCAGCCUCCGCUGCCGUGGCGCUGCGAGGGGCGGGCGGGGAGUGACCCCGUGACGCUGCCCCCGCGGGGAAAACCGCGGCCACGGAACGGGGGCGCGGCGGAACUGCCGCCGUCCUCCGAGGGAGCGCGGGGCCCUGCGCGGAACGAGCAACCCGGGCCAGGCCCCGCCCCCCGCCAGGCCCCGCCUCCUGGAGCCAGACCCCGCCCCCGCGCGGAGCCCCGCCCCCCGCCGACCCCCGGAGCCAGGCCCCGCCCCCCGAGCAAUGCCCCUCCGUCAAUGAAUCCCCGGAGCCAGGCCCCGCCCCCAAGCCAAGCCAAGCCCCCCGAGCUAGGCCCCGCCCCCAGCGCCGCUGCCUCCGCCCGUCAGUGUGCUGGAAGGAAGAGGUCUGUCCUUCCAGAGAAGGACGAGUGGUUCACGGGCGCCCGCCGGAACGGUGCGGCGGUGCGGGCGGGCUGGAACAGCACGGGUGGUGCCCCAGAAGCGCUCCUGCCGCCCAAAGCCCCUUCCGGUGCGGAGAGGCGGCCGAUCUUUCAUUUUCUUCUUGGCAGUUGCAAGCUUACAGUGUUAUUGACCAAGCACAGCGCUUGGGAGCCGUGCCGGCGGGCGUCCCGGGCUGUCUGUAAUGGCUGAAUCUACUGAAUUAUUAAACCACAUGGAAAUCAAAAUCUGACCUGUGUGUCCCUGCCCCUCCCCAACGGUUUCUCCCCAAACGUGCCCCACACCCGCGGGGCACCUGCACCCCCACAAAGCGCCCAUUGUCCCCCUCUCACUGUCCUCCCCACCCACUCGCGUCUCUGCAGCCCAGCCCCACCGCAGCUGUUUCCCCCGGGAAUUUAUUUGUACUUUGCAAUUGUUUCCGUUUCUACCACCGCUCAGAGUUUCUGUCCCUUCCGUUCUGCUCAGAAGAGCAGCGGUCGCCCGGCCUGUUGGGAAACAGAAAUAGGAGGAGACAUAAAAAACAGAGAAAGAAAUAGAAAUGGAAAUACAAAUUAAAUAGAAGAAAACGCCACGCCGAAUAUGCAAAUCGCCUAGGGGUUGGGGCGGGGCGACGAGUGGGCGGAGAGAACGCGAAUGGAGAUGAAGAGCGAGCCAAUCAGGUCGCGCAAGAAAGCUGGAGGGGAGGAGCGGACGGCAGCGGGAAGAACACGGAAAUAGCGCCCUUUUCCGCGUGAAGCAGAGGAGCGCGGUUCGUUGUCGCCUUUUAAACGCGGCGGCGGCGGCAAGCCGAGCGGCCGGAGGGCGCGGGGGGGGGAGAUCCCGGCAGGGCGGCGAGCCGGCGGGUGAGGAUGCAGAGCGGGCCAAUCAGAUGGCGCGGGAAGGCUGGAGGGCUGGAGGAGCGGAGCGCUGGUUGGCUGCCUAGGCACGUCAGUUGCCAUUCUGUCUGCCUAUCAGAUUACCGUAGGGGCGGGCGUCGAGGGCUGGGUACUGCGCAUGCCCCAAAGAGCCAGUGCUGAUAGGCGGAGAGAUGCUGAUUGGCGUGACGCCCGCAGCCAAUGAUGUUGCCGAAGGGGCGGGCAUUGCGGUGUCCCUAGUGCGCAUGCCCCAGUCGCGAGCGCUGAUAGGCGGCGAGAGAGGUGAUUGACGUGUCCCGGGGAGCCAACCGGGUUGAGGAAAAGGGGCGGGUGCUGGGGUCUCCCUAGUGCGCAUGCCCAAUCCGAGAGCGCUGAUAGGCGGAGAGGGGGAUGAUUGAUGUGUCCCGGGGAGCCAACCGGGAUGCGGCAAGGGGCGGGUGCUGCAGUCUCCCUAGUGCGCAUGCCCAAACCGCGAGCGCUGAUAGGUCCGCAGUGUCUCGGGGCCGGGGCCGGGGGGGGAGACCGGGAGCGAACGGGAACGGGGGUCGGGGCGGCUGCGGAGCCCUCGCUGCGGCCGGCGCCCGGGCAUCGGGAGGCGGGCGGCUCAGGGCCGCCCUUCGUGAGGUUUCCCGGAGGCGGCAGAAGGGCGGAGGGGAAGGAGGCGACAGCCGGGGACCUCCCGCCGCGGGCGUGUCCGGGGCGCGGCGGCUGUCGGUGCCCGCGGAGCCCGGCGGGACGGCGGGGGAGCGCGAGGGGCACGGAGCGGCGAAAGAGGCGGCAGACGCUGAACUCUAAUUUGGAAUUUCUGUUUUUCGGAGGUGGAGCUGUGAACGCCCGAUGCUCAGCAGACCCCCCAGUCCAGGCGGGGAAUGGAACGUGGGGAGCCGGGUGUGUCCCCAGCUCGCCAGAGCUCCCCUGAGCCUCCUCCCGCGGUCCCGCUCGCCCCGUGCAGCCGCCCCCAGCUCCAGCAGCUCCUGCGAGCCCGUCCCGUGUUCCUGGGCCGCUCCCGAGCCCCACGGUGAAGGCGGCAAGCCGGCCCUCGGCACCUCUCCGGUGACCCCUGCGGAAGGAGCAGGCUCGGGCAGGGGCUGAGGACGGCCGAGCGCCCCGAGUUACGGGAGAGGAAGGGAGGAGAGAAGGAGAGGGAGCGUCUGAGCUGUUAGAAGCCUCCUGCCAGCAGCCGAGAGCGAGAGCUGCUUGGGGCAGUUCACAAGGACAGACGGGCUGCUGGACUCCUCAGUACCAACAUUCAGGGCGAGGAAGGAGAUCUUGGCUAUACUUAGGUGAUAUACGUGUCUGUGUUCUGUGUGUAUCUGGGAAAGUGCGUUCUAGGGAACUCAGGCUGCCAAUGAGUCAAAAAACGGCCUGGUUGUCUAAAACACGCAAACGCCCCAGUGGCCGUACCAACAACUGUACUAAAGAUGGUGCCAAGUACCUUUUCCUCCACUCAGCUGUAGCCUUUGCAAGAAAAAAGGAAGUGUCAGAUUCCUAUCCAGCUUUGUUCUGGAGGGUUUUUUCCUCUUUCAGCUGGGUGUCCACUGCCACCGUCUCGCUGCGGUCGCCCCGUCUUCUGCUACAGAAGUGAAGACAGGCAGAAAGAACCCGGAGUGGUCUGCCCGUACAAGGCACGGCUAAGACGUGUGUCUGCAUGUUUCCUAAGUGUGUAGUUCUGACUUCAGUUGGUAAGAAACCUUCCAAAACGGCAGUAUUCCUCAUUCCAAGAAGCUGCGUUUUAUGAACCUGCCCUCCGAGUGGAUCUUCCCGGGUGAUGUGAUCGGCAGUGGCCUCACCAGCAACAGGACUGUUCAUUUCCUUUGAAACAGCCAACCCAGGUCCAUUUCCUUCCACGGGGCCCAGCACGGCAGGCCUGGCGAAGUGGCGCGUUUCCCGGGCAGGUCGGGGCUGUGCCUCUUGCCUGGGCCGUGCAGCCACCUGUCCCUGCUCGUCGUGUCACAUCCAUGUGUGAAUCGAUAUCUGUCUAAAUGUACAUAAUUGUAAUAAUAUGAUUGUAACAGUACGCCAACAUCUGCAAGUCUAAAAAGAUGUGUCCACAGAGGAGGCUAAACAGGUGCGUAAGUAUAAAUAUUCUAGAUAAGUGUUGUAUAUAAGCAUAAACAAUAUUCUGUAUAAGUUUAAGCAGAUACAUACAUGUAAAUACGUACACAAGUGUGUAGAUGUCUAAGUAGAUAUAUAUUACAGUGGAAAUAGAUUUUAUAUAUAUAUAUAUUUAUAUGAAACAAAGAUAUUCCCUAAAUACAUGUGUAAAAAGAGACAUAAGAGUCAAUGUCAGUGAUGUACAAGGUUUUUAAAAUGCAAAGAAAUCCUGUUUACAGAAAGGAUUAAGAAACUCGUCCUCCCCUGGAAGUGUCCCUGGCGGGGGCGCUCGAGGGAAGGGCCGGGGCUGCCCCGGGCGGAACGGCACCCGCACCGUGCGGGGCGGGGCGGGCUGCGUGCGAGCCGAGCGCUUUGUUCCGCCACCGCGGCAGCUGGCGCUGCUGCGAGCUCUGAGGGACGGGGGUGACGGUUUUCACUGCUCGCCGGGCGCUGGGUGGGCCCAGUUUAGGUUUCAUGUAGUCUAACUUAAGUAAGAGCGUACUGAAUAGAAUUAGUCACAUAGACUUACAGGGCUGUGUGUCUUUUUUGUUUUAAAUACACUCUCUGCUUCCUGUUGCUGGAAAGCUGUGACGUUCUGCUCAUAUUUACCAAAAGCAGCUACAGGUUACACUGAACAUCUGUGAGAUCACGUGUGGUUUGCACUUCGCAGGGAAAGAAACAGAAAAGAGGAAAAGAAAUAGAACGAGAAUUAAUAGAAAUAAUAGAUAGAAAUAGAUGGGGUCGAGUAGAAAUAGAACAGAACAAAGCGUCGCGCCGGAUACGCGAAUCUCCUUGGGGCUGGGGCAGGGAGGCGAGUGGGCGGAGAGAAUGCAGAGUGAGAUUCGAAGCCUGCCAAUCAGAUUGCGACACGUAAGAGGGGGGCGGGGCGCAUGAGCACGAUGGGCGGGCCGAGGUGGGGCGGGGAAAUGCAAAUCAGAGGCGUGGCUACGCAAAUAGGGCACUAGAGAGCUCGAACGGGCCGCCGGGAGGUUCCGCCGAGGGGGGUUCUGUGGGUGGGGUGGCUCUCCAGAGCGGAUUCUCUGUUGCGGGUUGUCGCGCGUGACUCGUUUGCUGCGGGUGUUCCCGGGUGGUCGCCCCGGUGCAGGUCACCCCCGCACACGCCGCCCGUUCAGCCCUGGCUCCGCGGUGGCGCCCCGGUGCUCCCCGUGCGCCGCCCGCCGGGUGUCGCUGGUGCUGCCGCCCGGUGGCCGCAGCGCGGUACUGCAGCCCGGCGCGGGGAGCGCGGCACCGGCUCAAACCAGAGCCCAAGCCCCGCGCUCGUGGGGCUGCCUGGCAGAGCUGGGCUUGGUUUGGAGCGGGUUUAGUGCCCGUGUCAAAUUCCAGAGGAAACUUUGUCUAGUCAGUUAAUGGAAACGGUUUUAGUGGCGUGUAUUACAUGUUAAUAUACAAAGCAGGGUUACAGUGUUCUAUAACAUGCAUAGGACGUAUAUUUAAGACCAUUCUAGAUGUAAACAAGCAUUAUUGUUUUUAUUGGGAUCUUUUGGUGUCUAAAUUCUUGAGCAGGGAGAAAACACGUGUGAAACUCCUGCUAAACCAGCCGCGGGGUAUGGCGGAAUGAAUGCGGGACAGAUCACGUUCAGACGCUCCACUCGUGUUUCGGAGAGCACAGCGCGCGCCCAUUCGCACUCGGCGGUCGGUGACUGCACGUCGUGCAAACCGGCGCUGCGCACCCCGUUCCGCUGCCCCGGCCACGGCCGCUCCCGCGCGGCCUUUCUGUCCGAACCCUCACGGGGCGGGGCUGGCACGGGGCUGGCACUGCGCGUGCGCGGGGCCGCCGCGUCUCGGGGGCGGUGCCGGGGCGACCGUUGGGCGGAGCCGCGCGCGGGGCCGGCGCUGGGCGGGGCGGCCAUGGCGGGUGGGCCGGGCGCGCGCCGGGGCUGCUCCGCACCGGGCGGGCGGGGAGCGGAGCGGGCGCCGCGCUGCCCCUGGGGCCGCUGCGGAUGCCGCGCAGCACGGGGCAGCACCGGCGGCUGCUCCAGCGGCUACUCCAGCCGCGGCGCCGGGCCGGGUUCCUGCGGGGGAAGCCUCGCUGCCGGCGGGAUUUUGGUGUUGUGGUUGUUUUUUGGCUGGUUGUUUUGGACGUGUUGGGUUUUCUCGGCUUGCCCUUUGCAGUGGCUUCCAGGGCCGUUAUCCGGGACGUGUUGAGGCGUUGUGACCCCGCAGCUGCAGGCGCCGCCCUGUGCGUGCAGCUGCUCCGCGAGUUCGAGACCCCUCAGCGGCUCCUGUGCCCGAGCGGGGCUCCAGCCCGCUCGGCAGAACUGCGCCUGCUCGCGAAGCCUGGCUCGUCAGGCAGGGAAAAAUGGCUCAAAUUGUACUUUUUUCAGUGGAGCAACUAUAAAAAUAAGCCAGAGGCUGUCAUGGCAGUAACUCAGUGCCAGUGAUGUCCGUGUUUCCUUGCUGAGUACCUGACAGCUUCUCUGUGACAUGGAAGGGGUGAAGAACACGUGGGAAGUGACCAGAGGCUCGCAGUUGCCAAGGCCAGUGCUGCAGGCUGGCUCCUGGGGUGUCUGAUUUCCCUUUGGCUCCUCGUGCACACACACGUACAGCCCACAUAGGCCCGCGGCUUUUAUCUGAAUGGUUUCAGGCAGGGCUGUUGUUUGUAAGAAUCUUUUUUAAUGACAGACCUGUUCUCAUCUGGAACGGAUGUGCACUGCGAUGUAUCUCCAAAGCAAAGCUUGUGGGGCAUUGUCACUUUUUCAAACAAGGUGAAUAUAACCUGCAAAAAACACCCUUGGCAUAGAAGCAUCUGAACACUUGUAAAGGUCAGGGUUGUGCUUUCUCCGUAUAAUUCCAUAGGUUCAGUGUGUGUCCUCCAUCAAAUGUCAUGGCCUAAAGAUGUUGUUAUGGCUUUGACACAAAUCACUUUGGUGUGUAUUAAAACAGAAACGUUUGUGCUUAGAAAAGGUAACGGAAGGUACGGCUUUCCUAACCGAGGAUGAUGAGAAGCACUGUGGAAACAUUGGUUUUCUAACCCUGGAUAUCCAGGAAAACAAAACGACCAGUUGUUGCGAGAUGUUGGUACGGAGGCUGCGCUGCAAGGGAACUGCCCCAGUCUCUGAACGCUCCUGAAUUCCGCAGCCCUGCGGCUGCACGGGUGUGAGCUCUGCCGGGAGCUGAGGUGUGCUUGGGAAUCCCCGGCAGCAAGGAACAACAGUACCUGCAUAUUGCUCCUUCUGCACAUUGUCUUCGAUUAAUGCUGACCUGAGGUAUUUAUCUGCAGUACAACACGGUGUAGAUACUAAAUCAGGUCUGGAGGCCAUCUCAGGAGAUGGAUUAGCUCAUCAUUACAUCAAAAAUAGAAGGAAUGCUACUUCCUUGUUUCUUGUGCUUAUGUAAUAAGGCACAUAUGUGGUAGUAACAGAGUUCGUGACCCCUGUACUUCAUAUGCAUAUAGCAGUGUAAAAAUAAGUUAUUAAAAUUAAACUGGCUUUCAGGUUUUCUGUUUUAAUUACUUUUCCAA